GGCGUGUCCUCUGCGCAUUAUACGUCGUCGCGUUGGUUGUUCUUCGACGCUGCGAGCCAAGAACAAGAAGAAGAAGCAGCGACGGCAGCAGCAGCUUCGACGAGGGGAAAGAAGGCAGCGGAGAGCUCGGCACGUCGUGAGAAAGAGGAAAAAGAGCAGCACGGCGCAUCCUGAAUCCCCGAAGGCGCACGAGGGAGAGAGAGAAAAAGAGCGUUCUCCGAGAAUCGGAGGGAAUCGACGCGCCGCGCGCUCGCGCACACAUGCACGUACUAUACGUACAGCACACACACGAGAGCGUCGUCGUUCUCUGCGGGAGGAGAAGGAGAGAGAAAAUAUGAGGCAGAAGCAGCGGCGGCGCUGCGUCUCGUCCGAUUAUACGGGGGAGACCCAACUGCAGCAGCGGAGCUCCGGCGGCCAUGUGCCUUCGUCGCAGCGAUAAGAUAAAAAGAGCUUUUCGGAUAGAUGCCGGCUAAUUAUGUGUCGCCCGACGUUAAGAGCACGCUGACGCUCGACGAGAUUCGGCAGAGGUACAGGGACACUUCGCUGGUUAUCUUCAAAGAACAUCAGCUGUUUCGGGGACGAAGAACAGGAGAGAGCGAACGAGAGGCAUCGACGUAUCUGAGUUUCGGUAUCAAUCGGAGAACCAUGGCGUACAGUAGCAACGGCAACGAUCCGGUUCUCGUGCACAGGUCCAUGAAGAGCGUCACGAUUCACGAGGACGAGAACGCGAGGCUUUUGUCGCGCGUUUUCCGCGGCUAUCGCAAAUCGAGCGAAAGUUGUACAAUAAGCUGACGAAAACGGUUUAUCCUUAGAAUCUAAGUACUUCUGUGUAAUAUAUAUAUAUGAUUAUUCUUGUGUACAUAACGUAGCGUUGCAAAGACGUUUUUAUAGCGAACAAAUGUUUUUUAUUACUAUACAAAUAAAACUUAUAACAAAAACAAAAAAA